AUGUUGCUUUACAACAAGCAGAAGAAGAACCAGAACGCUAAAGGGAACAGGAUUCUUAUUAGCGUUACGGUUCUUGGUAGUGCCGGUCCGAUCCGGAUCGUUGCGUACGAGGAAGAUCUCGUUGCUUCUGUUAUCGACACUGCUCUUAAAAAUUACGCUCGUGAAGGUCGUCUUCCUCUUCUCGGAUCUGAUUUCAAUGAUUUUCUCCUCUAUUGUCCCAUGGUUGGACCUGAAGCUUUAAGCAAUUGGAACGCAAUUGGAUCGCUUGGUGCAAGGAAUUUUACUCUGUGUAGGAAACCAGAGAAGAAGAAUGUGGAAGAAGGUAAUGGAAGAUCUAAUUCCAACAUUAAUGGUGGAGGAAGAAAAGGAGGUAGCUUGAAAGCUUGGAUCAACAAGUCUUUCAGUCUCAAAGUCCAAAGCCAUUAA